AUGGUACUUAAAAGUUGGGAUGAGUGGGUAGCUGAAAAUAGAGUAUUACCAAUCAACGAAGCAAAUUUAAGUAGACAAAAACAAAUUGAGGAAUCUAUGACAAAAAAAAAUAAAUCAUCAUCAAAAAAAAUCGUACAGGAUUCUUCAGUAGAUAAAAGCAAAAAGCGAAAAAGAGAUCUUUCUUUAGAUAAAUGGGUGCCGUUGCCACGUAAACCAUCAGUGAAUGAUAUAAUAAGCAAUUAUAAAUCUUGGAAAAAUGAAAAAAAUAAGGAUGAUAAUGGUAUUGCUGAAGAAGUUAGCAAGGGUGUAGGAUUUUACUUUAACAAAUGUUUGGGAACUCGGCUUUUGUAUCAUUCUGAAAGAAAUCAAUAUAAGGAAGUUCGUUCUAAAUUUGAAAACUUGGAAAAUGCUCAAAUUUAUGGAGCCGAACAUUUAUUAAGAUUAUUUGCAAUGACAAUCGAUUCGCAAGGAUCAUCCAGACAAUUACCUUCUUAUCCAUCUAAUAAUAUUACAUAUUCUAUAUCUCAAACUGUGUCAACAGCCCCACCAUUUUAUAUUCUACCAAAAUUCUCAGAUCUCCUAAACGUUUAUGACGCUUAUUCUGAGUGGUAUCACGGUCAUGAUGGAAGUCCUUCAAUAAUUUCAUUAAUCGAAUCAUAUGGUCAUGAAUGGGAACAUCAAAAUCUAGAAAGACUUGAACAAAGAAGAUUAUUAAUUAAUGAAAUUAAAUAUCGUGAAAAACAAUUGGAUGGUAAUAUUCAAGAAGUUUUGAAACAAUUGGAAAAUUUAAGAGAUGGAAUGUCCAUGGAGAAUUUGGUGGAACGUUUGUCAAUUGAUAUUACUGGGUGCAGCAGAAAUGUCAAGAAGAAAGAUUUGAAAAUUUAUUGA